CCCCUCCCCUCCGCCUCCUUUUUUCUCCCUCUGCUCUCUUCUCUCCUUCCACAUUCCCCUGCUGGCUUGGUGCCUGUGUUUUGUUGCUGUUUGCGAGGGCACAGGCCUCUUGAGUUGAUGUUUGCACCUCAAAAAGGUCAUCUCUCCGCCCCCGCCACCCUUUGCUCAAGGAGCUGCUGAAGUAAAUAGCCCUGCUGCUGGCGUGGAGUAGAGUGAAGGGUGCCUAUAAACAACUCAGAGCUUAUGGCUCUGCCUGGGGGAAAGAGCACCAUACACUCGGAGUUCGGAGUCUGAGGUUGGUAUGUGUUUAGGAUUCUGUUGCUCUGCUCUGACCUUUCACUUGCUCGGCUCCUUGUACACCGGUCCAGCCGCAGCCCUGCCACCGCGCGUGUGAGGAUGGGGGGUGCCGUGAGUGCCGGCGAGGACAAUGAUGAGCUGAUAGACAACCUGAAGGAGGCGCAGUACAUCCGGACUGAGCUGGUGGAGCAGGCCUUCCGAGCUGUUGACCGCGCAGAUUACUAUCUGGAGGAAUUUAAGGAAAAUGCCUAUAAAGACUUGGCAUGGAAGCACGGCAACAUCCAUCUCUCUGCUCCGUGCAUCUACUCGGAGGUGAUGGAGGCCCUGGACCUGCAGCCUGGCCUCUCGUUCUUGAACUUGGGCAGUGGCACUGGCUACCUCAGCUCUAUGGUGGGGCUUAUCCUUGGUCCUUUUGGUGUGAACCACGGGGUGGAACUUCACUCAGAUGUAACAGAAUAUGCGAAGCAGAAGCUAGACUUCUUCAUCAGGACGAGCGAGAGCUUUGACAAGUUUGACUUCUGCGAACCCUCCUUUGUCACUGGCAACUGCCUGGAGAUCUCCCCGGACCGCUCUCAGUAUGACCGGGUGUACUGCGGGGCCGGCGUGCAGAAGGAGCACGAGGACUACAUGAAGGGGCUGCUCAAAGUCGGGGGCAUCCUCGUCAUGCCGCUGGAGGAGAAGUUGACUAAGAUAACUCGUACUGGUCCUUCUGCUUGGGAAACCAAAAAGAUUCUGGCUGUUUCUUUCGCUCCAUUGAUCCAGCCCUGCCAUUCAGAGUCAGGAAAAUCAAGACUUGUCCAGUUACCACCCCUGGCAGUUCGCAGUCUCCAGGACCUGGCACGCAUUGCCAUCCGGGGCACCAUUAAAAAGGUCAUUCACCAGGAAACGGUGAACAAAGCCGGAAAUGGGCUGAAGAACACUCCCAAGUUCAAACGGAGGCGAGUUCGCCGCCGCCGCAUGGAAACCAUUGUCUUUUUGGACAAGGAGGUCUUUGCCAGUCGGGUUUCCAACCCCUCUGACGAUACCAGCUGUGAAGACUUGGAGGAGGACCGGCGGGAAGAAGAGGUGAAAACCCCAUCAGAAACAAAGCCAGACCCCCCGGUGAACUUCUUGCGUGAGAAGGUCCUGAGCCUCCCGCUGCCAGACCCCCUGAAAUACUACCUGCUUUAUUACAGGGAAAAUAACCGAGUCAUUUCAUCACAGAACACUGUGUGCGUGCAUAGCUGGGAAAACGUGUGUAUUGCCCUAGAUGUGUAAAUUUAAGCUGUUGUGAAGAAGUUUACUUCACAGUUGUGUUUACCUGCUUUUUAACUGGAAGUCAAACCUCUUUCAGAGGAGGAGCAUGCGUUCUGUUUAUCUGCUAACACUUCAGUUUGCGGGUCUUAUUGACAUUACUCUGACUGACUUGUAGAGGCCUCUGCAAUACGUGGACGUUUGGGAGAUAAUAUUAAGUAAAUGGUAUCUAUGAAAUCUGCUAUUAGGUGGCUCGACUGAUUUUCCCCUGUAUGGAUUUCAUUUUUUUUCAAAACCGUAUUUGCCUUUAUGCUAGAUUGUAAAAACUCUUUACAGUGCGUAAGACAUGUUUUCCCCUAUGUAUGUUAAACCUUUCCUAACAUUUUGUAUUUAUGUAUUGUCAGUUUGUGAUUUUUUAGACCAGAAUUUGUUUUAAAAAAUACAUAGAUAUAAUAUAUGUGCAAUGGUUGGCUGUUUAUCUUGUAAACAUAAAGGAGAAUCAUAAGUGAAUUCUCGUGUGCUUAAGCACCUUACACCAGAGUUUGGUGUGAGACACUACUUCUGUUUUCAAAUAGAUGAAUUAUGUAUAGUCUGUGCUGGCUGCAAGCUCUGUAUUUGUAAACCACAUUCUAGACAGCUGCUGACUGCUGUGCUCUGAGGGGUCUGUAUUUUCCUAUGUGAGUUUUGUCCUAAAGUAGUAAAGCCAUAGACAUAGGCAAAACAAAUGAAUUUAUAAAUACUGAGUAGGUGAUGUAGAAAUCAACUGUGUAUUUAAAGACAUUUUUGCCAGUUUGGAACUGUCAGGGAAUUAAUGGAAGAAAUUAGAAACAAAAGAUUCUCAUGAGCUAGUACACAAAGGGUACCUGUAAAGGUAGUGAAGACGCCUGAGCCGUCUUGGCAUUGCUUCUGUUUCCUGUGUGGAAUUGAAAUUCUGGGCUACAUAUUCUUUUUUUCAAAAAUCUUAAAAAAAAUAAACUAACCGCCCCCCC